GCUCGCGUUACGGCAUAUUAGAAAGUUUUGCCGAUUACACGACCUACCGAAGACCUCCACGACUUCUUGCGAGCCCGCGGCAUUGACGAAAAGUCGAGGAGGGCAAUGACGAUCGAACUGUACGCGAUUGAGACGAGAGAGCCGUGCAUCUUCAUCAGGAUGCUCGCUAAUCAUAUUGGCAUUGACGUCAAACUGAAGGCUCUAGAUUACGACAAGCAGGAACACCUGUCUGCCGAGUACGCCAAGAUAAGCCCUUUGCACAAGGUUCCAGCAAUCAACGAUGAUGGCUUUAUUUUGUACGAAAGUUCUGCAAUCUGCUACUACUUGCUCAACAAGUAUGCUCCGACGUCGCCGCUCUACCCGAGGGAGGUCGAGAAGCGCGCUCGUGUGGAUCAGAUCCUGGGUACCGUGUCAAGCUUUGUGCAGCCAGUUGCGUCAUCCUACAUCCGAGGCAGUAUCGUCAAACGCAAAAAGUUGACAGGAGACGAUCUCAGAACAUUCGAGGCAACCGUCCUCUGUCCGUUGGAACAGCUGGUCAGCGAUAAAACGUUCGCUGUCGGUGACACACUCACAGUGGCUGACAUCCGGCUGGUCUCCAUCAUGUCAUGCUUCGUGCCCCUUCCUGUGGUGGACAAGUCUAGGUUCAGCAAGUUGGUUUCCUACUACGAGCGGGUGCAAGCCCUGGUUCCAAGUUUCCACGAGGUGUGCGGCUGGAUGCUCGAGCAGCGCAGCAAGGAGUGGGAAACGUACGAAUAAACUUCAUGGGCCACGAAACAGCUGAAUUGAUUGUGGCACGACUAUGCUGUCAAUCCUUUCAUUUUCGAAAGCUUGCUUUGGCGUCAUUGGAAAAUAAAAACUACA